AUGGCGAAAAGUACUCUUUUGAUUUGCUUCUUGGGCCUGUUCUCUGCUUUUGCAGCAGCAGCUGAUCAUAGCCCUCUCCAGGAUUUCUGUGUUGCUCAAUCGGGCAGUUCAGUGCUAGUCAAUGGCUUUGCUUGCAAGGACCCCAAAACUGUUCAGGCGGAUGACUUUUCCUUCAGUGGGCUCCAUCUUCCCGGAAACACAUCGAACAAGGUCGGCUCGAGGGUAACGCCGGUGUUUGUGACUCAGCUCCCAGGGCUCAACACUCUUGGAAUCUCCUUGGCCCGCGUCGACUAUGCACCAUGGGGGAUCAACCCGCCCCACACUCACCCACGUGCCACCGAGAUUUUGGUUGUCCUAGAAGGAACCCUGGAAGUAGGGUUCAUCACUUCCAACCCAGACAACCGCCUUAUCUCCAAGGUUUUGCAAAAGGGCGACGUGUUCGUCUUUCCUCAAGGCCUCAUUCAUUUCCAAAGGAAUACUGGUACCGGAAAUGCCAUCGCUAUUGCAGCUCUCGGUAGCCAAAACCCCGGUGUCAUUACUGUCGCCAAUGCUGUGUUUGGGUCGACUCCUGAUGUUUCCAUGGACAUUCUUGCCAAAGCAUUCCAAGUUGAUAAAAGUGUUGUUGCUCAAUUUCAGUCAAACUUCUAGACAGAAAUCCAUAGAGAGUUUGGGCGAUCACUAUUUGUACGAGAUAAAAGAGUGUGUCUGUUUGAAUUUGUUUUUGGCUAUGUAUCUUUGGAAAUUCAACUUUCUGUUGU